AUGGCCAGCGAGAUCGUGCGGAUCUUGAAGUUUCAGACUGUGGACCACUUCGCCGUUUUAGGCAUUGACAAGUCUGCCAGCGAGGUUGACGCAAAGCAGGCUUACCGACGCUUGGCUCGCCUCAUCCACCCGGACAAGUGCCAGUUGGAGGGCGCGGAGGAGGCCUUCAAGAGGAUCCUUGAUGCCUAUACGGUGCUGAGCGACCCCGACGACAGGCGGAAGCCACCUGGGAAGCCUGUCUCGAAAGAGGAGCGAAAGCAGUUCAACAAAGAGCGGGCCGCUGGCGUCGCAGCCUUUGUGUCGGAGAUGCGUCGGGUGAGAAACCAAGGCAACAUGCCCGGAAGCAAGAAGUUGAAGAUGAAGGAGAUGCAGGCCAAGAACCAAAAGGCCCGCAAGGACUUCCUGGAAAAGAAGCAGACGCAGGCAGAAGAAGCAAAGGAAGAAGCCAAGCAGGCUAAGAAGGAGAGAAGGAAGGCUAGCAAGAACCAGACGAAGGGAAGUGCGGGUACUCGUACGGAAGAGGAGCGGAGAGAGGAGGAGGAGCCUCUUGCGAAGGUUCGUGCAGCAGAGGAGGAUCAUGGGGCACAAGAGGGAGAUGCAUCCUCGACUUGUGGAAAAGACCUGCCGGAAGACGAUGCGGGGUCCCUCUGGAAGUGGCUCUUGGGACUUGCAUGCUGCGCGCAGCGCCCGGCAUUCAUUCGCUAG